CAACUGCGAGCGUUGAGGUUCAAUGGAAGCCUCGUUUUAGAGGAACAAUGUCAACGAGAAAAGGAUGGCAGAAAUUGCUCCGGGAUGUCGGAGACUUCAUCGUCCUGAUCGGUCGUAUCAUUUUGGCUUUCUUCAGUUCCGGGUUCGGGUGUUUGAUACCGAAAGCGAAGAAGUCCGUGAAAGAUGAGAUCGUUCUCAUAACGGGGGCGGGCAGGGGACUUGGUAAAGAACUGGCUUUGAAAUUUAUAGAAGAAGAUGCAAUUGUGGUUUUAUGGGAUAUAGAUGGGAAAAGUGCAUUUGCGACUCGUGACGAAAUCCGAAGCUUAGGAGGCAAAGCUCAUGCCUACAUCUGCGACGUUACCAAUGAAAAAGAAGUGCAACGCAUUGGCAGAACCGUGCAGGAGGAAGUGGGAGAUGUGACAAUUUUAGUCAAUAACGCAGGGAUUCUGCAAAAUGUCCUCUUCAUGGAACUGGACAGCGGAAAAAUUAGGAAGACACUCGAAGUGAAUCUUCUUUCACAUUUUUGGACAAUCAGAUUCUUUCUACCAAGAAUGCUUGAAUUGGAGAAAGGACACAUUGCCGCAAUUUCUUCCGCAUCAGGACUCAUCAGCUGGUUGUAUUUGGCAGACUAUACUGCUUCAAAAUUUGGCAUCCUUGGCUUGAUGGAAGUUCUGGAGGAAGAAAUGCGAUUGCUUGGAAAAGAGGACAAAAUCCACUUCACGACAGCAUGCCCUUUCACCAUAGAUACCGGCAUGAAUCACAGUCCCACCUCUCGGAUGCAAUGCCUCUGUCCCAUUUUAGAUGUGAAAAAGACAGCCGCCGACAUUGUGACGGCUAUUCAAAGGGAGAAGACGCUCAUAACAGUACCCUCAAGAAUGCUGUAUCCUCUUCUUGUGCAUAGGUUACUGCCAAAGAAAGUAAAGCAGCUGAUUUGCGACUUCUGUCAGUACAAUAUGAUACCAAACAAUGCUUCGGUAGACCAGCUGUCAUAAAGAAGUGAAUUCAUUAAUGUAUAUAAAACAAUACAAAUUUAAAAAACUGUUGCUUGUAUGGGAAAAUGCUAUGAUCAUAAGUCUUCUUCCAAAAACAGCGACAUGGAUUUGUCGGAUACCACAUGACGAAGGCGAAGCAAAAUGUCUUUUAUAGUUCUUCCACGGAGAAAUGGUGGAUGAACUGGAAGCGGAAACAAUACUUCGUUUUAUAAUAAGGUAGGAUUAGCAAGAAAACGCAGGCAGUAAAGUUUUUGUUGCUCGCUGAUCAUAUCUACUACAAAAUAAGCGUUAUGUUUCACUCGACGUUAAAUCCCGGUUAUCACAAAUUUGCCAUUUCAACUGCGCUUGCGCGCGGACUUUGCUGAUUUCGAAACUCUUGCUCAAACUAAUGAAAAACAUUUAAAUUUGUUAAUAUGAGAAAAGAACAGAUAAAAAUUAGAAAUUACAAAGCUAUCUUUGAUUUAGUUUUUACGCCUCGGUAAAGAUUGAGUUUUGCGUCUUAAUUAUUAAUGGAUUCGGAGCCUGAUUUUUCUAUAAAACAAAAGCCCUUUUCAGGGCCAAAUUUUUAACCUCAGAAGAGCGUACUCGAUCUGCAGCAUCACUUCCAAUACAAAGCGGAACCCUCAACCUAAAUACAAAUGUAUAAUACUAAGCUGUUUACGCCUAACGUAAAAUAUCCGCAAAAGACGGAUAUUUGUAACAUUCCGAUCAUUUUUGAAGUACAUAACGUAUUUUACGUUUACGCUAAAUAAAUAUUUCCAAACCAAUAAAUAUUGAAGUGUCAUUUUUCUCUUUUCUUUAUAAAGAUUAUCAGUUAUUCAUAUCCGUAGUUUCAUAUAAUGUAUCCCGAAAUCGCUGUGAAAAUACUCUAAUCGCAUUCAUUAAUUUGUUGGGACUCUAGCACAACCUAAAUAUAAACUAGCAACACGAAAUCUUAAAACAGAAAGCCCAAAAAGCAAAGUCCGCGCGCAAGCGCAGUUGAAAUGGCAAAUUUGUGAUAACCGGGAUUUAACGUCGAGUUUAUGUUUCCGCUUCCAGUUCAACUGCCAUCUGUCCGUGGCAUAACUAUAAAUGAACAAUAUUUUGUUUUAUUUUUAUAUUUUUAUUUUUAAUGCAUUGAUAUUGAGUUUUCAAGAAAGAACUAUGUGUUCAUUUAUUAAAAAUAAAUUUGUUGUGUUUUCC